AUGAGAAAUCACACAAAAAUUAAAGAGUUUGUGCUCUUGGGCAUAUCAGACAGCCCAGAACUUCAGAUUGUGAUUUUUAUCUUUUUAUUUUUAACUUAUCUAUUAAGUGUCACUGGGAACCUAACCAUUAUCAUUCUCACCUUGAUAGACUCACGUUUAAACACUCCUAUGUAUUACUUCCUCCGGAACUUCUCCUUCAUAGAAAUCACAUUCACCAGUGUAUCCAUUCCCAGAUUUCUGGGAUCAAUCGUUACCAAAGUCAAAACCAUUGCCUAUAACAAUUGCUUGGCUCAAUUGUUUUUCUUCAUCUGCCUGGGGGUAUCUGAAUUUUUUCUUCUAACCGCCAUGUCCUACGACCGGUACGUUGCCAUCUGCAAGCCUCUCCAUUACACCGCUAUCAUGAAUAAGAAAAUCUGUUCCCUCCUCGUCUUCAGUUCAUGGCUGGGAGGAUUUCUGACGAUCUUCCCUCCGCUUAUGCUUGUCCUCAAGUUAGAUUUCUGUGCUUCCAAUGUCAUCGACCACUUUUCCUGUGACUACUUCCCUAUUUUACAACUCUCCUGCACAGACACCUGGCUCUUGGAGAUGCUUGGCUUCUACUUUGCUUUUGUCACUCUGCUGUGCACCCUGGCAUUAGUGAUUCUGUCCUACGGAUGCAUCAUUAGCACCAUUCUGAGAAUCCCAUCUGCCAGUCAGAGGAAAAAGGCUUUCUCCACCUGCUCCUCUCACUUGAUCGUCAUCUCCAUUUCUUACGGAAGCUGCAUUUUCAUGUACGUCAAGCCUUCGGCAAAGGAAAGAGCAUCAUUGACCAAAGGCGUGGCCGUUCUGAACACUUCAAUUGCUCCUAUGUUGAACCCUUUUAUUUACACCCUGAGGAACCAGCAAGUAAAAGAAGCUUUCAAAAACUUGAUACAUAAAGUAGUGUUUUAUGGAAACAAAUGA